CGGAGUGGGCGUAGUAAAAAAUGGAAAGAGAUGCUGAAGUUGCCCCCUGUCAGUCACUGUGAGGGUAUUCGGUGCUCCAUCGAAAGAGACUAUAACCAGCUUUGUGACAAACAGCCAAUAGGAAGACUUCUCUUCAGACAGUUCUGUGAUUCCAGACCAGAUUUGAAAAGAUGCAUUGAAUUUCUGGAUGCAGUGGCAGAAUAUGAGGUAUCUUCAGAUGAAAAGCGCAUAGACUGUGGCCUCAAAGUUUUAGAGACGUACUUCACUAAUGGGUCUGCAGCACACUUGCCAGAAAUACCUCAGGAAACAGUAAAUGAAUGUAGAGCAAGACUAGAAAAGAACCCUUCUAAGGAUCUUUUCAUGGACUGUACUAGAAUUGUCCAUGAAUAUCUAAGCAAAAGACCUUUUGAAGCUUACCAGGAGAGUGUGUAUUUUUCCCGUUUCUUACAGUGGAAAUGGCUGGAAAAGCAGCCAGUAACCAAACACACGUUUAGGCAUUACCGAGUACUAGGCAAAGGUGGAUUUGGAGAGGUGUGUGCCUGUCAAGUACGGGCAACAGGAAAAAUGUAUGCUUGCAAAAAGCUGGAAAAAAAGAGAAUAAAGAAGAGGAAAGGAGAAUCAAUGGCUCUAAAUGAAAAAAGGAUUCUAGAAAAAGUGAAUAGUAGGUUUGUAGUUAGUUUAUCCUAUACAUAUGAGACGAAAGAUGCCCUGUGUUUAGUAUUAACCAUAAUGAAUGGAGGGGAUCUGAAGUUUCACAUAUAUAACAUGGGAAAUCCUGGCUUUGAUGAAGAAAGGGCUAUUUUCUAUGCUGCAGAACUGUGCUGUGGUCUGGAGGAUUUGCAAAGGGAGAGAAUUGUUUACAGAGACUUGAAGCCUGAGAAUAUACUUCUUGAUGACUGUGGACAUAUCAGGAUUUCAGAUCUUGGAUUAGCUGUGCAGAUCCCAGAAGGUGAAACUGUCCGAGGACGUGUUGGGACUGUUGGUUACAUGGCUCCAGAAGUGCUCAAAAACGAAAAGUAUACAUUCAGUCCGGAUUGGUGGGGUCUUGGCUGUUUGAUUUAUGAAAUGAUUGAAGGACAGUCUCCAUUCAGGAAGCAUAAGGAAAGAGUUAAACGGGAUGAGAUUGACCGGAGAGUAAAGGAAGACCAGGAAACAUACUCAGACAAGUUUUCAGAGGAGGCAAAAUCCAUCUGCAGGAUGUUACUUGCUAAAAAUCCAGGGGAACGACUGGGUUGCACUGAAGGAGGAGCUGCUGUUGUAAAGCAACAUCCUAUUUUCAGGAACAUCAACUUCAAGAGGCUGGAAGCUAACAUGUUAGAACCUCCAUUCUUGCCAGAUCCACGUGCCGUUUAUUGUAAAGAUGUCCUGGACAUUGAGCAGUUCUCAACAGUAAAAGGAGUGAACCUGGAUACCACAGAUGAUGACUUCUAUUCCAAAUUUGUGACAGGUUGUGUCUCAAUCCCUUGGCAAAAUGAGAUGAUUGAAACGGGAUGCUUUGAAGAUAUCAAUGCAUAUGAAAAUGAUGGUACUGUGUCACCAGACAGAGAGAAGUCUCCUAAGCCAAAGAGAGGCUUCUUUCACAGACUUUUUAGUGGAGAGGUCUGCUUUAAAUCUGAUUGCAGUGAUGAUGAGCAGGAGUCCUCCAGACUUUAAAUCAUUUUAUGCUCAUCAGAAAUGAUGAGCAAACAUUAAAUGUUUUAUAUCUCUGUAGCAAAUUGUAUUAUAUAUAUUUUUUAUCUGAGUUCAAGGAUUUUUGUACAUUUGUACUUCAUUUGUUUUAAGAUGUAUAUUUUCACUAAAGCUUAAUUGUACAAAAAGCAAUGAGUGCCAUUUGAGUGAGUGUGUUUCUGUAUGUAUUUGAUUUAUCUUGAUUAUUUUUUUUCCCCAGUGGAAUGAAUCUAGAAAUACUAAAAGGAUUUUAAAGCACAGAGAUAAUAUCUAUGGCAUCACUGUAACUUGACUUCAUAUGCUCCUGGUAAAACUCUUCUUGAUUAUUAGGAUCUUUAUUAGCAGUUUUCUUAACUAUGAAAUUGCUGUACUGAUAAAUUUAACAAUUCUGGUAUUAUCCAGCAGCAUGGCAGUACUAUUACCUAAUGUAUCUCUCAAGCAACUGAUAAAGAAAAAAAAAGAAUUCAGUGCACUGUGGCCAGCUAUUAGGAAUUGCUCUUUAUUAUCAGGCUCUGUAGAAUCUUUCUCCAUUUCUGUAUAAAGAGAGCUUUGAACAUUUAGCUUAAUCCUGUAACAAGCUGAAGUACCCCAUUCUUCUCUUUUCUACCCAUGUUACACAUCUUCUCCACAGAAUUUCUUGGCAUGAACCAUGCCAGUUGACCUAUGCCAAAAUUUGAUAACUAUAUUUUGAAAACUUUGUUGUGUUUAUUGAAAGGAUUUCUUUUUAUCUGUGGGGACACCCUUUCAUUUUAUUUUCUGUAAAUGAAUUUGUUUUUAACUCCAUAUAGGAUGUUACGGUUUUAUAAUGGGUUAAAAAACAAAGCAUGGGCUCUUCUUACUAAUGUCCUCUAUGCUUAUGUUGUAAUAUGCAAUGUUCUAGGGUUGACAGCAAUCACUGCCAUUGGGGGAAGAGCAAGGUAGCAUUAAGUAUUGAAUUUAAUUAUGUAAAUAUUUUUUUUCUUAUUGCCUUUUAAAACAGAAAUAUUAAAACAUGUCUUUAAUGAUUGUCUAAUACAGAUGUGGAGCUGGUAUUGAAAUUUGUUAUGAUUACUUGAUGUUCAUUAGUGAAACUGACAAAAGUUGCUUGAAAGUUAGACAAAAUUCCAUUCUUUUGGACAGUAGGUCAGACCUUUUGUAAAGUUUCCAGUUAAACUAUUAAUCUGGGUAUGAGAGUCAAUUUAAAGAGCACAUUUCAUUGAGAGCCUCUUCUGUUUUCAAAACUGAGUUGGGUACAUGAAAUAGAACGGAAUGCCCUUGGAGUUGGAGACAUGAUUUUAGUUUCAUGUUUUGUUAUGUAUUCUGAAGAUUUGUCUCAACUGUGUAUGCAUUUUCUUUCCUUUCAAAUCUCUGGGGCACCAACCAGACCACACAUGUACACACAGAGCAACUGAAUAGCCCCCCACCUCAAAAAGGUCUCUCUUGUGAUCUGCAGAUCCACUGGAAGAAACUUCAGCUGCUUCAGAGAAACUCACAAGAUAUAUUUGAUAUUCAAGCCUAUCAUUAGGUUUUAAUUCACAAUAUUUGGUCUAUAAAUACAAAGUUUUAAUGGAUUAGAAUAUGAAAAAAUUGGAAAUCCCAGUGUGCUGCAGAACCCUACUUGGCUACUGUGCCACAGAAAUAAGGAAUGAGUCUAUUUUUCCAUGUUUUCAGUGCAUUUUUCCUCCAGUCUAAAACAGCAUACAAAACAGCAAAAUUACUCUUUUAGAGAGUGCAAAGGGAGAAAUUGGCAGAGGGCGAGAGAGUUUGAAUGAAUUACUGGAAGAUGGUCUGAUGUAAUAGCGAAGGGAUGGGAGGCUUGACAGAAAUAUCUGAAGUAAGGGUGUUGGCUAGAACCAUUAUGUGUGAGACAAUGAGCUGGCAGUCUGACCUGACCCUCUUUAUUUUGUACCACAGCAAUAGAAGAACUCUAAAAAGAUGGGAAUGGAAAAUGGGGAAGUAACAUAAUUGUUUGAUAAAUACCUAUGUGGCUGGAGAAGUCAUCAUUUCUCUGAUUAAGGGGUUUGAAUUUUUAAGAUCUUUGGCUUGCUGUUCUGAGGCAAAGGUGACUGUAUAAAUACCAGACAUACAGGGUGGCAGUCUGGAUUUAAUGUAGAGUAACUUGAAAUUUGGGCAAGAAUACCAUAGACACAAGCUGAAUAAUUUUUAUGAAGAAAAUACAGGAAAUUGUUUUAACAAAUAUUAAAAAAAAUCUGAAAGCCUAUUUAUCAUGUAUUUCAAGUUUUCUUUCUCUAUUGGAUGGAGAGGAAUCCUAACUUGAAAAAAUAAAACCAGCUUCUCUAUUUUGGAGUGUCGAGGCUUAACAGAUAUUUUCCAGAUUUCCAGAAUCUGUGAAGAAAGAGGGCUAAAUGAAGAGAAAAGGGAAAUUGUUCCUAAGAAGUGGUUAUUUACAUGUCCACUUCCUUUGACGAAGGAACUCUUUGAAAUAAAGUGAGAAUUUGUUUGUUUUUA